GUACACAACGGGCGUCCCCUCUUCCCAGAUUUCUCCACACAGUCGCACACGCACAAAUACACACAGCCAUGGCGGACAGUGCAAGCGAGAGCGACACGGACGGAGCUGGGAGUAGCUCGGCUACCCCAAUGUCUUCCUCCGCUUCAAAUUCGUGCAAGCCGGGAAUAGUCAUUUCACAGUUUCGGUUGGAGGAGUUAACAAACCGACUAGCCUCACUACAGCAGGAGAACAAAGUUCUUAAAAUUGAGCUGGAGACGUUUAAACUCAAGUGCAAGGCGCUGCAGGAGGAGAACAGGGACCUGCGUAAAGCUAGCGUCACCAUUCAAGCCAGGGCUGAGCAGGAGGAAGAGUUCAUCAGCAACACCCUGUUCAAGAAGAUCCAGGCCCUGCAGAAAGAGAAGGAGACCCUUGCUGUCAACUAUGAGAAAGAAGAGGAAUUUCUCACCAACGAACUUUCCAGAAAACUCAUGCAAUUACAACAUGAAAAGGCUGAGUUGGAGCAGCACUUGGAGCAAGAGCAGGAGUUCCAGGUCAACAAAUUGAUGAAGAAGAUAAAGAAAAUGGAGAAUGACACUAUUUCAAAGCAGCUCACCUUGGAGCAGCUAAGGCGUGAGAAAAUUGACCUUGAGAACACAUUAGAACAAGAACAAGAGGCUCUUGUCAAUAGACUGUGGAAGCGCAUGGACAAAUUGGAAGCAGAGAAAAGAAUCCUCCAAGAAAAGUUGGACCAGCCCGUGUCUGCUCCUCCCUCACCCAGGGAUGUUUCCAUGGAGAUUGACUCCCCGGAGAACAUGAUGCGGCAUAUCCGCUUCCUGAAGAACGAAGUGGAGAGACUGAAGAAGAGCCUCCGUGCCACCGAGCUACAGCACACAGAAAAGCGGGCCCAGUACAUUGAGGAGGAACGGCACAUGCGUGAGGAGAACAUUCGCCUGCAGAGGAAGCUGCAGAGAGAGAUGGAGCGCCGUGAGGCCCUGUGUAGGCAGCUGUCUGAGAGCGAGUCUAGUCUGGAGAUGGAUGAUGAGAGGUACUUCAAUGAGAUGUCGGCUCAAGGUCUGCGAGCGCGGACCGUGUCCAGUCCCAUACCAUACACUCCUUCCCCCAGCUCCAGCCGUCCCAUAUCUCCUGGUCUUUCGUACGGCAGCCACACUGUUGGUUUCACUCCCCCGGCCACCCUGUCCAGAGCAGCCAUCUCCCACUAUAACACCCCGGCCCUGCAUGUCCACGGAGGCCCCUCCCACUCUGUAGCGAGGCCCUCCCCGAGAAGGAGCACCAGCCCCGACAAAUUCAAACGUCCGACACCACCGCCUUCCCCCAACACACACACAGGGGCACAGCCUCUGCACGCGCUCCCUCCGCCGGCCCAGCCGACACUCCAGAUCAUGUCCUCUCCAGCAGCUAUCUCGCAGCAUACAGCCCAUCCCUCCUCCCAGCCUUAACGUGUCCUAUGCCACGCUAUGCUACUUUCACAACCAGGGAAACCCCACAGAGCAAGUUUCUAUGAGCCCGCAGAAAACCUGAAGCAACCUGAGGGCCUUCCAGGAGGAGCUGACUGACUUUAACAGCGCUUAUGGGAAUUGUAGGCCGUCUGUCCACCUUGUCAUGUACAUGUAUGUUUUUGCUUGGAACUGUCCACAAUUGGAAUUGUUAUUGUGGUGCAGAUGACCAACACAGUAAUGAGUAAUAAGGCCUUGUGGUGGUGGUGUUGGGGCCGGGUGUGUUGGAUCCCUUCCAUGUCUACUAUAACACAUUCCAACUGCAGUAACGUGCUCCCCAACCCUUUGCUCAAAAGCAACUGAAGCAAUUCUGCCACUGCAAGAAUCGCCAAAGCCAGUUGGACGACAACCCAAAUAUAGGGCGUAGAUGGUCAGAGGGAGCUAGCACAAAUGUGUGUUUUGAGAAGAGAAAAAUGUAUACCACGCUGCUCGUCAAAAAAAAAAAAAGUUGGAGGGAAACUGGUACAAACCAACAGUGAGUGGACGCUGGUACGUAAUAUAACAGUGGACACUGAUAUGUAAAACUACAGAUAAAUGUUGCCUUUUGAGGUGUUGAAAUGUAAUCUGAGGUGUAACGAUAGGUGUAGUCAUGUACUCUUGUCUCUCUUGCUCUUGCUCACUCUUAGCUCUAUCUCUGGUGUAGUUCUAAAAGCUUUGAUCAUCCGUAUGGGUAGUCCUCAUCAGAAAAAACAUAGUGCUCUGUACACACUAAAUAAACAGAUGUGUCAUUCUAAAUGAAUGGUACUGUUGAACAACAUUUCUAUGUAUGAUUAAAAUCUCUUUAUGAUAA